AUGAUCAAUUCCGAAUUACAUUGCAACCAGUGGAUCGUUGUGCUCAGCGCUGAAUCCUUGGCGAUAGUCGUUCUCAACAUUAUCACCAUUAUUGUAUUUGUGAAGCAGCGCCAGCUACAGAGGAAGAGUACAUACUUGAUCAUCCAUCUUGCUAUAGUCGAUCUCUUGGCUGGAGGUAUCAGUGAGCCUCUGAGCGUUGAAAAGAUUGGAAGCUCUUGUAGUCUGAGGGAGUACGACACAACAAAUAAUACUUGGCUGGUCAAAAUGAAGAGAGCCUUAGAGUUUAUCUUUCCUUCCUCCUCACUGCUCAAUCUCGCUGUUAUUUCAUUGGAACGGGCACAUGCAACAUUCUUCCCGUUCAGACAUCGUUUUAUCAGUCCAUGGGUAUAUGGAGUGGUAACUUCCUUAAUUUGGUUUACACCUGUAGCAGUGGAAGGAGGACGCAUAUUUUUCAAACAAUAUUUAAACAGAAAUCUGCCUGAUUUAAUUAUUUAUUAUUUUUCUUUUGUUUUUAGUCUUCUUUUUGCUAUCUGUGUUUCUUAUUUUGCCAUUUUUCUCAAAGUCCGAUGCAGUCGUCAUCCUCAACACCAUGGUGCAGCCGGUCUGAGGGAAAGAAAACUGACUAGUACAUUGUUUCUUGUCACCCUAGGAUCUUGGGUAACGUUUCUGCCAAGUACGAUUUGGUUCAGUUUCGACAUAUUCAAAUACCCCUCCUCUAUCAACCUUUCCCCUAAAGGAACUUUUCAAGUCGAAAUGAUAGCCCUUAUGUUAUUCUUCGCCAAUUCGCUGCUAAAUCCUUUGAUCUACGCCAUACGGAUGCCAGAAUUAAGGUCGGGUAUUUUGCGAAUAAUAUUUCGCAGGCCUCCACAGCGCUUGAACCAAGUGGAUCUUUCACUACAAAAUAUUUAG